CUCGUAACGACCUUUUAAUUCGGCAGAACUACUCGGCGUCUCCGCAGUCGGAAUAAGGGCCCCUUCGAAGAAGCCAAAAGCCCCCCGCCGUGGAAAAGCAGAAAAAUGACCCCGCAACCCUGAUAUCAGAUGCAGUACCGUUCAUCUGAUAGUCAGGCCACACGGUACAGUCCCUCGUAUACUAGGGCAUAUUGCACAGUUCAUGUUGGCCGUGCACGGUACUGCCGUUCUUUGACUAAUCCAGGACACCAGCGACCGCCGAGUCAAAAAGUCUGGGUCUAACAUCACCUUAGAGAUCUUAAAAACGUCCUGUCCCUCAUCUCUCUCUACUCUCUUGUUCCCUCCUCCUUAUUGCUUUGCCUUUCUGCUGUGUAUUCAUUCGCCAUGGCGCCCGCGACCCUCAUGAUCGAUCCCAGUGACGACUUCGUCAUGCCUGUCACAAAGUCUGUCCAAUCUACCUCGCCACCCAAGCGAACCCUUCUUCUGGCGCCUCCUUCUCUUGCUUCCAAUUCCGACGCCCUCACAUCCGUCCUCGCCGAUUAUGAUCGCUCCGUCACCGAUCUCCAGAUGCUUGACCGUCUCUCCUUAGGAUUGGUCACACUACCUCCUUCCACCUACGAUCUUGUCUUGGUCCUAUCCGAUGCCUCUUCUAUGCUGGGCGAAUCCCUCGCUUUGAUGAACCGAACUGUCCUUGGUCCUGUCGCCGAGUCCCUCAAGCCUAGCGGUCGCCUACAGUCUCAAGAUGGCAACAGCCUGGAGGAGUCCACUUUGUCAAAGGAAGCGGUUUUGGCCGGGUUGAUAUCAUCGCGGGGUGGCUUUGAGAAACCCGAUUACGGUGAGAAUGACGGAGCCAUUACUCUGAAGUUUGGCAAGAAGAAAUCCCAGCCCGCUCCUCUCGCAGAUGGCUCUGUUCCUCUAAAUCUGAAGAGGAAGCCCGCUGAGGCGAAAUCGAAACCAGUGGUCCCCGCCGGCGUCGGCUUCAUCGAUCUUGAGGACGACCUUGACGACGACGACCUAAUUGAUGAGGAUACUCUCAUGACUGAAGCGGAUCUCGCGAGACCCAUCAAUAUCCCUGCCGAAUGUCAACCCAAGGCUGGCAAACGUCGUCGGGCCUGCAAGGACUGCACCUGUGGUCUGGCCGAACGUCUUGCUGCCGAAGACGCCGACAAACGCGCAACCGCCGACAAGAAACUUGAGAGCAUUAAGCUGGCAACAGACGACCUGGCCGAGAUCGACUUCACCGUGCAAGGUAAGGUCGGCUCAUGCGGCAACUGUUCCCUUGGCGACGCUUUCCGUUGUGACGGAUGCCCUUAUAUUGGCCUUCCUCCCUUCAAGCCAGGCGAAGAAGUUCGCCUGCUCAAUAACGAUGUGCAACUCUAAACUUUGACUUAUACACUCUUUCUCUCUUCAUGGACAACGACGGCGCAGCACUGCAGGCGUAAAUACAAGCUUUACUUGAUAGGUGGAUUGUUUGCUUUGGAACAUGGAACACGAUACACAGGCUGCAAGUCACAAGGAUCUCGGGGCAAGGUUUCACGGAGGGCUCUGAUCUAGAUACGGAGUUUGUCGGCGUAGGAUUACCAACUUAGAUGAUGACAAAAAUUGACUUGAUUCGCGAUAAUGAAUAUAAGGA